AUGUCCAGUCAAUCCCAGCAAGGCCAGGAUGUCUCAGUCCAGAUAGGCAACUUGCAGGUCCAGGGGCUGAUCAACAAAACCCAAAAGGUUGCAAAUUACCUUGGUAUCCAGUAUGCGACCAUUCCGGCAAGGUUUCGCCAGUCCAAGCUCGUGGAUCUCUCAGAACGGAGUGGAGUCCUUGAUGCUACUCAGUAUGGUCCCAGAUGUCCCCAGAUCACAGCAAACCGACCGGAGACGGCCCACCUAUAUGAGGGUGUGCGACGCAGUUCUGAGUAUCCGGUGGACGAAUUUGGAUGCUUGAGGCUCAACAUCUAUGUUCCCAAGGGUAGCCAUGGUCCGUUACCGGUGUUGGUUUGGAUCCAUGGAGGAGGAUUUGUGUUUGGAGACGGCAACUCCGAAUUCGAUGGAAACUACCUCGUCGAGCAUGCUUUGGAAAGCGGGAAGCCCAUCAUCUUCGUGGCAAUGAAUUACCGACUGGGAUUUUUUGGAUUCCUCGCUUCCAAGGAGUUGAGGGCAGAAGCUGUUGCGAGCGGCGAGAUUCCCUAUGCAAACAUGGCAAUGCAUGAUCAACGGGUCGCCCUUCUGUGGAUACAAAAGCACAUUCACUACUUCGGCGGGGAUCCCUCCAAUAUAUGCAUUGCAGGUGAAUCAGCAGGUGGGUGGUCGGUCCUCGCUCACCUGCGAUCAGACGUGCCGGUGUGUCAGAGAGGCAUUAUCUUGUCGAGCCCGAACCUAGAUUUUCCACAGCCAGAAGAGGCUCAAGCCUCUUUUGAUGAACUUGUCGCCAGCACGGGGAUUUCUCCCAACGCGUCUGCGGAGGAGAAGCUCACUGCCCUACGUGCCUUGGACUCGAUGGAAAUAGUUCGUCAGAUGCUUCCGCGUUUCGCCACACCCCUCUGGGACGAGAAAUGGUUUGUGUAUCAAGAUGGCAACAGGCCUAUUGCAGGCCCUGCACCCUUCGCGCCGUGGGUUAAGGGCGUUGUUGCGGGAUCCACCAAGCACGAAGCAGCACUGUUUGGGGCCAUUCAAUGGCGAACUUGGUCGUCCCAGCAAUUUGUGGACCGUGUGAAGUCUGCUUUCUCAACUGCCGAAUUGGCCCAAGAACUCAUGGAUGCUUAUGGCAUUUCUUCCACCGCGCCAGCUGAUACAUGCCUCGAGGGGUUCAUUGCUAUGAUCACCGACAGCAUCUUCUCUGGAUUGCCCUUUAUCAUUGCUGAAAACCCCUCGGAAUCCUCACCAAUCAGUCUCUAUAGAUUCGAACAGACCGACACCUUCAGCCAAAGCCCGCUCAAAGGAUAUGCAUAUCAUGUGCUAGACAACUCGUUCUUCUGCCGACUACCAGCCGUUGCUGGACCCAAUGCCAAUCCGGAGGCCAGAGAAACAGCGAAUAGACUUUCUGCGGCGAUCAUCGAUUUUACACACGGAUCACAACCUUGGGAGACGUACAGCACCAAGAAAAGGAUUAUGGUGUUCAACGGCACGAAGAGCGGCCUUGUGGAGGUCAAGGAAGAGGACCGUUGGAGGCGGGUUACCAUGUCGGGCGACCUGGCCAGGGCGAAAGGAACGUGGAGGUCUGGAAACAAACUGGUGGGCAUCCGGCAUAGUUCGAUGGAUUGA